AUGAUAACAAAGCCCUGGUGCCGUGGUAUCAGAAGUUUGAAACUUUUAAUGUUCAAUAAUAUUUCUAGAACAAAACCUAAAAGUUGUGCAACACUGACUAAUUGUUUCGAGAAACCACUAACAUGCAUUGAUGAGAAUAUUAAGCAUUUAAAUGAGGGAAGAAAUUUUUGGGAUGUUAAGCAAUUUACCAAUUUACCUGCUGUGUAA